ACUCGUGACUGGGUUCUGCAUUCCUUACCCAGAUCUGAUUCAGGACAGACGUAUUUUGAAUUGCGGAAGCUAGAAUUUAUACUUUGUGCAGGAACUAUUUUAUUUCACAACAUGACUCUACCGGACGAGUACCCAGAGGAUAGUGGGGCCCUGAGUAAACAGGUUCUACAUGAAGUGAGUCGGUCACUAGAGAAGUUAUUACAGGACGCACAACUGGAACACAGACUGACCACUGGCGUUUAUAACUGCGCUGAAAUAUUGCAAAGGUGCCCGGAUCAGGUCAUGCUGUGCAUCCUGCCGGAUUCCGGACCAGGUCAUGACGUUACAAUCGACAUAGAACACACGCUGAUAGAAGCCUACUGUUGGGAAAAUGACGUCAGAGUGUUGAAGGUUGGCAACGCCCAUGUUUUGAACAAAGUGUUUAACAAUGACGUUUCACUGAGAGAGAUGAAGAAGGUAUCAAGGCAACAGUCCCAGGGCGUUGAUUUCUCCUGUCUUCUGGUCAAGUACCCAAAGGAGGUCAGAGCGAAAUGUGAAUGGCUGAACAUCGAGCGAUUCUGUAACUGGUGUCUCAAACAUGACGUGGUACAAUACGUUGACAUCCACUCUCCAGAUUGAAGGAUGUUCCAUCAUUGUAAAUAACAGAGGACUUUCCUAGAGUCAUCAUCUUUAUGAAACCAAAUACUACCACCGUGGUAUACUGGACAACAGUACCCCAGACAUCAUGACAGUGAGGUCAAGCGGCACUCCGGCCAUAAACAAAACAUCGUACCUGACGAAGUUAUAAGGCUGUGCCCGACAAAGUGUACGUCAUAAUAACGUUCUACUCCGUAACAAACUGAAGUUCCAUGGAAGUUAACUUCACAAUUUGUUGUACAGCUGUUGGUCUGUUGGUCUGCUGAAGAAGUGUUUUCACUUCUUAUAAGUUCAACACGACGAAAUCCUUGUGAAAUGGACUACGAACAUUCACAUCAGAAUAGUGUUAUUCAGAGACAUCUCGAUUAUAUAAUAUAAGGUUCAUACUACAGUCUAUAUAUCAAUAUAAAGUCCUCGUGCAUGUUGAGAAUAUCAAACUGUGACAGUGAGAGUUGAUAUAUGCGUGCUACAACUGUUUUGUUUCAGGAAUGAUUUAUGUGUUUUUUGAAUAAAUUGUUAAACAU